CAUAAGAGGAUAGUUAUCAUUGUGUAAAUCUAAUAGUACGUAUCUUUCUGAAGUAAAGUCUAGUUUACAAAUGUUGUUGACAAAGGUUCUAUACUAUUCUAUACCAUUAAGUUGUACCACAUAACAGAUGUUUUAAUCCAGUUUAUCCGGUCUGACGAACGUACGUACCAUGUUUAAGUUAAAAAGUUCGUGGAUAGGUUACUGUGAUAUACGCUCCUAUAUAACGCAUAAAUUGUAGUAGAAUCAUUGAAAAAAUUACAUGCGUCUGUAGUAAAUUAUUACACGAUGGAGAAUCACUCGCAGGAGAGUCAUGUAGUAAAGACAGACGGGGAAGAGACUCUAGAAAAAAAGAUCAGUUGUUUGGAAACAGAAAAUACUAAAAUGAGGGAAGAGUUUAAUGUGCAAAGAGCAAAGAUGAAAGAGUUGUUUCUUCAAAAAGAAGAAGAAUUAAAGAGAAGAUUAGAAGAUAACAUAAGUUUGCAAGAUGAAAAUGCAAAAUUAAAAAAUGAAUUAGAUGAAGCAAAAAGCCAAUUAGUAGUUGCAGAUUUAAAAAUACAAAAUGAUAUUUUGAUUGAAAGGCGGAAAGCACAAGAAGAAAUAGCAUCAUUACAACAAGUUAUUCAUGAAACUGUUGAAGAAUCAUCCUGUGUACGUAAACGACAGGAUACAGAAAUAUCAAAACUAAAGUUAUCGCUUGUAAAACUACAAGAAGAAAAUGUAAUGUUAAAGUCACAAUUACCGCGCGAGCCACAAUUGGAUGGGCCCCAAAUAUCAUUGUCAACUGUUACUAAAACAUUAGCUCGUAAAGUUGCAUCGCAAUUAGGGGCAGAUGCUUUAUCCUUGGGUCCAGAUAAUCUUGAAGAAAACAUGCGCAAGGCACAAGAGGAUGCAGAAGUAUUAAGAUCACUAGUAGUACCACUUGAACACGAAAUUAAGGCUUUAAAAGAAAAAUUAAGAACGACAGAUGAUGAAUUACAGAAGUGUAAGGAAGGACAGUUGCUCAAGAAACAACAAGAAUCUGGAAGCUCUCAAGAAUCAUGUGAUAUGUGCCGUAAUUAUGAGGCACAACUUGUUAAAAUUCAGGAAAAUGUCAAAGAUUUAGAAAAACAAUUAGUUGAUUCUGAAAGAAUGUUAAAUGUACAGAAAGAAGAUUUAGCAAAAGAAGUAGAAUUUCGACAUGAAAUGGAACAAAAAUGGAAUGAGAAAAAGGAGGAGCAUAAAAUCAAAGUAGCAGAGCUUACAGAUAUUUCACAAACAGCUCAAAAAACGCUGUUGGAGAUAAAGAAAAACUUCGAACAUAUUCAACGAACCAUUACUGAUGAGCUGUCUAGAUUAACUCGAGAACGAGAGGAAGUUCAGAAACAUCUUCUCGCGCUGCAGAAACAAAAUGAGAAUCUAAUGGGAAAACAUAGUAAACAUUCUCACCAACUGCAAAGUGAAAGUAUUAAUAUGCCAAAUAACGUAGAGGAUCUACACCUAAGUCUAUUAAAAACUCAUGAAGACUUGAUAAUGGCUAGAGUGGCUCAGGAAGUUGCAGAAGAGAAUGAAAGAACAUUAAGGUCCGAAGUUAAUCUCCUCAGAGAAGAAAUGGUGCGAGAAAGUGCAGCUAAAGAACAACAGGUUUUAAUGCUAAAAAAUGACAUUAGUGAAUUUAAGCUUCAACUUGACAAAUACGCAAGAGAGCAACGGUCAUUUACAGAAAAAGAAGAAAAGCUUGAUCAGUUAGAAAAACAAUUAGAAGAGGUAUCAAGAGAGAAGGAGAAAGCUGAAUUAGCUAUAACUGAAUUAAAACAAAGAGUUACGAGCCUGCAGCAGGAAUUGGAUACUAGUGAAACAGUUCAAAAGGAUUUUGUACGACUGUCACAAUCAUUACAGGUGCAAUUAGAAAGAAUUAGACAAGCUGGAAGUGAGGUAAGAUGGCAACAUGAAGAAGAUGUUGAUGAAUGUCCAUCUUGUCAUGUUACUUUCACAGUUACAAAGAAAAAGGUACACUGUCGUCAUUGCGGCCAUAUAUUUUGUCAGUCUUGUCUUUCGCGCGUUGUGAAUAGUGGUCCUAAGCAAAGACCAUCAAGAGUCUGUGAUGUUUGUCAUACUUUAUUAGUGCAAGAUACUGCACCGUAUUUUAGUCAAGAACCACCGCAUACGCCUGAUUAAACAUACUUGGAUAUAGCAUUAAUUUCAAAGUUCACUGGAGUGUAUGAACGUGAUAUGAAGGAUCUAAUCCUGACAUGAGAAUGGACUAGAUAGAAUAAAGCAUAGUCUGGUAAUUGGAGUGAUGUAUAACAAAUAAAAUGUAAAUACAAAAUUAUAUACUACUUAAUGUUUAUUGUAAUUUAAAAGAUUAAAGCUUUGAAAUGUA